AAAGAUGGUAGAUAGAGUCAAACAUGGAGGACCGACACACAGAGUCAUGAGAGCGCCGCAAAACUUUUUGGAAAAGGUGGAUGCAGGACUGCCUGUGUCGAUUUGACCCACGUUCGUUUCCUCGUCGUGAAGUUUUCUGUUUCCGAGAGUCGAUGGGAGUUCAACAUUUGUAAUGCAGUAGAAAGUUGUGCUAUAUUUGUUGUUGGAGUAAAGGCAGGGGGUCAGACCCCCCUACCGUCCCAGCAGCGCUAUGCCGUGGGUGAGCAGCUGUAAGCGGAGAGAGAGCUCGGAGCUGCCGCUGCCCCCGGGCUGGGAGGAAGCCAGGGAUUAUGAUGGCAGAGUCUUUUACAUUGACCACAACACUCGACAAACUUCAUGGAUCGACCCCAGAGACAGGAUUACCAAGCCCCUGACCUUUGCCGACUGUGUGGGGGAUGAGCUUCCUCUGGGCUGGGAGGUGGUGUAUGACCAGCAGGUGGGCGUCUACUACAUCGACCACAUCAAUAAGACGACCCAGAUAGAGAACCCUCGCACACAAUGGCGUCAGGAGCAGGAGCGCAUGUUAAAAGAGUACCUGGUGGUGGCACAGGAGGCUCUCAACGCCAAGAAAGAGAUGUAUCAGAUCAAACAGCAAAGACUGGAGCUGGCGCAGCAAGAGAUGCAACUCUUCAACCAGCUCACUCAGGAUGACAACCGUUCCAUCACCAGCUCUCACUCUGGUUCCUCUUCAAAUGCAAAAUAUGACCCUGACCAAAUCAAAGCGGAAAUCGCCUGUAGGCGUGAGCGGCUCUCCAGACUCAAACAGGAACUGGCUCAGAUGAGACAGGAGCUGCAGUACAAGGAAAUGGGAGUGGAGACCCUACAGGAAAUUGACCGGAAGAUGUCCACCAGUCAGACCAAUUACAAGCUAGAUGAAGCACAGGCCAUCUUCAGCGAGCUCCGCAGCAUUAAAAAGGCCAUCAGCACCGGCGAGAAGGAGAGGCAGGACCUCAUCCAGAGCCUGGCCAAGCUGACGCUGAACUUCUGUGACUCCAUUAAUGAAGUGGCCAACAGUGCAGAAACCCUCGGUGACUCCUGUAGUGUACAACAAUACACAGACACUGGCUGCCAGACUGAUCUGAUGGGAGAGUUUGGCACCCAGGAGUCUUCACUACUUGCAGACAGAGUCAAACUCAGUUGGCAAUAUGAAGAGGCGAAGAAAAAGAUGUCCAGUAUUCAGCAUCAGUUGGCCCAGUUGGACAGUGAGAGCUGGUCUGGACGUGCAGAAGCCGAUCGGGAUUGGGACUGUCUGCAGCUGCUGAGGGAGAAGGAGGCUCUGCUCCAGGAGAUCACUCUGCUUAGCCAGCAGCAGCACUCCCCAGACACGCUGCUCCAGCUGCAGGAGGAGAAACACAGGCUGGAGGAGGAGGUGCAGAAGGCUCAGAGUGUCCAGAGUCAGGGAGCCAAUCAGAGGAUAUUACAGCAGGAGAAGAGGAAUGUACUUAUGAGGCAGCUCGAGGAAGCCACCCGUAUCACCACCUAUCUACACUCUCAGCUGAAGAGCCUAUCAGCCAGUAACCUGACGGUGUCGUCCAGCAGUAGCCGUGGCUCUUUAGCCUCCAGUCGUGGCUCUUUGGCAUCCAGCCGUGGUUCUCUCAGCUCCGUCAGCUUCACUGACAUCUACGGCCUGCCCCAGUAUGACCGAACAGAAGGCAGCUCUGAUGUUCUGGACCCGUCUUUCCGCUACCUUCUCCCCUUGGAGACCCACAGUAGGGACGGUUCAGCUUUCGGCCCAAAACGGUCCCACGACACACCGCAGUCUCUCACCUCUCUCUCCUCUCGGUCCUCGCUGUCCUCGCUCUCCCCUCCCAGCUCCCCCAUGGACACCCCCUACCACUCAGCCCCACAGGACUGCCCUCUGGCCCAAAUGACAGAGGAGUACAUGGAGGUGGCCAGCAGGGGGCUGAUGGCUGAAGGACUGCGGAAUCAGACUCAAUCCCAGCAGCACACUACUCUUCCUGGGGAAGGGGAAAUGGGAAUCCCAGCCUCUGCACACCUCCUGGAGGGGAAGAGCCAUAGAGAUGGAGUUCUCCAAGGAACACACAGCUCCACAGGAGUGACCCUGCGCUGUAAAAGUGCAAGUAGAACCAGCAGAAGAGCAAGACGAGUGUCUGCAGGAGUAAAUGAAGACGUUUUGGCAACAGACAGUGGGGUGUUUGAAGCCUGGAGCAGAAGUAGGACAGAGGAAUCAGAAGAAGUCAAUUUUACUCAAGAUGUCCCAGCCCCAGAUCCAGUUCAGAUUCAGAUUGGUCUUUUAUAUGAUUCGAAUGGCAUGUUUUUGUUGCUGCAUGUCCUUCAGAUGAGAAAUUUAAGCAAGGCCACCAUUAGAGAUGGAUGCAAAGUAUUUGUGAAGGUUCAUGUUCUCCCGGUGGACUCCACUCGGCCCUGCACAUAUUACUGCUGUAAGGCCCAGGAGCCUCAAUCUCUUCUCAGCUUUAAUGAGGGCUUCCGAAUCCCCCUGAGUGCCGGAGGCCCCGGGGCCCAUGCAUUACAGUUAAACCUCUGCGCUGUAGGACCCCUUACCCAAGAAGAGCUACUGGGCUCUGCUCAGGUCUCACUGACAGACUGUGCAGGCAGCACUGAAAUGCUCUUCCAGUGGCUUAAAGUGCAUAUCCACAACACAGAGAACCACAGGCCUGAGCACAGCCGCCUCAAUCAACCCAACCGCAUCAUGGAUGAAGAGGAAAAGAACGAAGGCAAGCUUGAGGUGUCGGUCAUGACUCAUUUGGAGGAGAUGAAGAAAGAGUUACAGAGGAGUGAAGAGGAGCUGGAAAGGAAGGAAGAGCAAGAAGCAGUUUCUGAGAGGAGUUGGCAGGCUGAGUCGGUGGACAGCGGCUGCAGUAACAGUACAGCGUUUGUCAUUCCUUGUCCUGAGAGUCUUUGCGGUGAAGGUAUCUGCAUGACCUCUGGGAGACGCUGUCUCCAACCUGCAGAGAGAAAUCCAGUAGUAAAGGUGGACAAGGCAACCAACACAGAGGGUGUGUUUCCAGAGCCAAUGAGAAUGCGGCCAAAAGAAAGGACAGGACGCUGGGGUCACAGCUCACCGUUCAUGCGCAGCAGCACAAUAGUCAGAUCUCAGACGUUUUCACCUGGAGCGCGCAGUCAGUAUGUCUGUAGGUUGUACAGAAGUGACAGUGACAGCUCUACUCUACCAAAGAAAUCCCCCUUCAUCAGAAACACUCUAGAGCGACGAACCCUGCGAUAUAAACAGCAGUCCCACCGUUCCUCUCUGGCCGAGCAGCCCACACGUACCUCUCUGGACCUGGAGCUGGACCUCCAGGCCUGCCGUACACGACAGAGGCAGCUGAGCGAGGAGCUGGCCGCGCUGCGGGAGCUCAAACUGCGGCUGGAGGAGCCCAUGCAGGGCCCUCGUGGGCCUGCGGACCUCCCUCAUUGGGCCCUGCGGGACGAGCGUUUCAGAAACCUGCUACGCGAGGCCCAGAGACAGUCCAAGCAGAGCAGACAGGAGCAGAGGCAGGAGGAAGCUGCUGAGAGGAGGUUGCGAAAAGCCUCAAAAGAGGUUUUGCAGAUGAGGGGCCAGAGCCACAAAGAGCCCCUCCCUGUGCAGACGUUCAAAGAGAAGAUGGCUUUCUUUACUAGACCAAGGUUCAACAUCCCGCCUCUGCCAGCUGACGACGUGUGAGCGCCCCCUAGGCCACACUAUCGAAUAUGAAGAAUCUGUCUGUUUUGUUUUUUGUAUUCAUGCCCAUGAAGUAAUUAGAACAAAAAUGUAGUUAUUUCAGCACGAAGAUAAAAAGUUAUUUGAUAUGCAACAUUCGAACAACAGAAAGCUGUACAAAACAAGCGCGUGUGUGGUUGUGCGUGGUCGUGAGUGUGUGCGCGUGCGUGUGGUAGUACUAAUGAACACGUACACUUAUAUUUUAUGUAAUUAUUGACAUCUUGGCAAUUUUUCCUGCUUGUUUAAAGGAGGAAAUAACUGUUUUAUAAAAGAACAAAGCAUCUUUUUACUCCUGUACGAUGUACUUCUGAUAUUUCGAUGUCUAUGCUUACUUAAGGCUGGAAGACGGGAACAAAGUCAGUUUAGACAAAUUCACUGUACUGUAACUUAUUUUAUAGUACUUUUCCUUGAAGGAAAUAAAAAUGCUCCCUGCUUUUUAAUGUAUUUUAUAAAGCUUAAAACAAAUAGCACUUACUGUAAGUGUUCUUUGACGUACAGUAGAAUGGAAAUUUUGGCUGAUUUUGUUUCUGUUACCUGAUUCUUUAAAGUUAUUUACUUAAAAUGUCACUUUUUUUGAUCCACUUUUGUUGCAGUUGUCAUUGUCCCUUGUGCUGUUAUUCUAUUAAAAUUAUUAAUAUUAAUUAUUACUUGUACUUUUCAAUAUAUAGACAAAUAUAAUUUUGUAUGCUGUCUGUAAAAACAUCUGCAGUGUUACCUUUCUUAUGAAGAUAAAAGCAUUAAACCGUGAAAGUGCAGCUCAUUUUGCAAAACUUUAUCUAGUUUAUUCGUUUAUGCUCAUUCAGAUUUUUUUUUUUUUUUUUUUUUCUAAAUUGUCCAGAAGGUGGCGUCUCAAACCUGCUUCUGUGUUCAGAUGUGUUCUGUUGGUGUUUCAGUAAAAAACAAUGUUGUGGACUACAAACUUGCACACAGCAAUCCUUAAAUACAUAGAUGUUACUCAU